UAUAUAUUUCCGUUUAGUGAAUUGUUGCUAGCUUGCCCCCGAGUCAAUAUGAAUUCUGCUGUUCUACCAAUCAGCAAAACGCUCCAACGAGCUCGCAAACUGAAGUAUCACGUAACCAGGUCCAUUUAGCUGCUCUGUCAUACAGAGAGCCAGUUUCUUCAGACUCCGGACAACCUGGUAUGAACCAGUGGUGGUGGUGAGUCUCGUCUAAGGGAGAGGAAAACCUGGCAAACACCUGGUAACAACAUGGAUAAUGUAGGCUAGAUGAGUUUUGCGCACUCGGAAACGAAUUGGUCUUUAAUUCAACCCUCCCCCCCCAAAAAACCACAGAAGUGACAUUUGGACUUCUACAUUGCCGUGGGUGUGAUAGUCUAAUAACCAAUGAAUGCCACGGCUUGGAUAAUGGAGGUUUGGAUGAGUUCAAACCACGACGGGUCUCGCCGCCGCUACUGGUAACGGUUUAGGCAAAAUGUUUGGUGUUCACCUAAUGCGCGGUGCUAUAACAUCUUCCGAAAGAUUUCCGACUGAUGUGAAACAUUUCAACUGAUCUAAGAUAUCGGGAGCUGUUAGGUUAAUAUCAGAGAGCUGCUGAUCAAAUAUAGCCAUAGGUUUAUAACGUUUUUUUUUUUUUUACGCUGGAAAACCCGUUAAACACCUGUUUAGAGUCGAGACGCGUGAUCCUAUGUUGGAGAGAUCACAAGAAAUGUUUGGGUUGCAGAGAAGAGGGGAAUUUGACAUUCUCUCUGUGUCACUCAUAGUGGCGUUGGUGUGCUGUGCGCAGAGCGCCAACGAACCGGGGAAUAUGUCUUUCGUAAAGGAGACGGUGGACAAACUGUUAAAAGGGUAUGAUAUCCGCCUUCGACCAGACUUCGGAGGCAAACCGGUUUCUGUUGGCAUGAGUUUAGAUGUGGCAAACAUCGACAUGGUGUCAGAGGUCAACAUGGACUACACGUUGACCAUGUACUUCCAGCAGUACUGGAGGGACAAGAGGCUGGCGUACGCUGGGAUCCCCCUCAACCUGACCCUGGAUAACCGGGUCGCUGACCAGCUCUGGGUCCCCGACACCUACUUCCUCAAUGAUAAGAAGUCCUUUGUGCAUGGGGUCACCGUGAAGAACCGUAUGAUCCGACUGCAUCCGGACGGCACCGUGCUCUACGGACUGAGGAUAACAACGACGGCUGCCUGUAUGAUGGACCUGAGGAGAUACCCACUGGACGAACAGAACUGUACUCUGGAGAUAGAGAGCUAUGGCUACACCACAGAUGACAUCGAGUUCUACUGGAAAGGGGGGGAGAAUGCUGUGACAGGAGUGACUCGCAUCGAGCUGCCUCAGUUCUCCAUCGUGGACUACAAACUGGUUUCCAGGAAUGUGGUCUUUUCCACAGGUGCCUACCCACGUCUGUCUCUGAGCUUCAAGCUAAAGAGGAACAUCGGCUACUUCAUCCUGCAGACGUACAUGCCCUCCAUCCUGAUCACCAUCCUGUCCUGGGUCUCCUUCUGGAUCAACUACGACGCCUCCGCUGCCAGAGUGGCUUUAGGUAUCACCACGGUGUUGACCUUGACCACCAUCAACACCCAUCUGAGAGAGACGCUCCCUAAGAUCCCCUAUGUCAAGGCCAUAGACAUGUACCUGAUGGGCUGCUUCGUGUUCGUCUUCCUGGCUCUGCUGGAGUACGCCUUCGUCAACUACGUCUUCUUCGGACGGGGCCAUCGGAUGCAGAAGAAGUUGGCAGAGAAGGUCAACAAUGACAGGGCGGCCAAGUUCGACGGCAACAGGGUAACGUUUACCCCCUCAGAAAUGGUUGACUCUCAGGGCAACAUCCUCCUGACAACCCUGGAGAUCCACAACGAAGUUGGCGCCGGCAAUGAGAUCACAACCAGCAUCACCGAGACAACUACACGGAACUCCACCUCCAUGAUAUUCAACCAAUCAGGCCUCCAGUACCGAAAACCGAGUGCUCUGAGUGGCCGGGAGAGGAACGCCCAUGCUCACGUGAAGAAGACACGGCUACGCAGGCGGUCCUCUCAAUUCAUAAUCAAAAUCCCCAACCUGACGGACGUUAACUCCAUCGAUAGAUGGUCACGGGUUGUCUUCCCCUUCACCUUUACCCUCUUCAACUUCAUCUACUGGCUUUACUACGUGAACUAGUGGUCUUCAAGCCUCUCCUCAGGGACCCCCAGCCGUUCAUCUACUGGCUUUACUACGUGAACUAGUGGUUCUCAAGCCUCUCCUCAGGGACCCCCAGCCGUUAAAUUUUAGAUCCACUGAACUAAGUAACAGAAGGGAUUUUCACUCCUUAAACUUCUCUUGUUUCUCUAAAGAGUAAAGAAACCCAUCUGUAUUCGGAGGACAUAUGACUACGCAGUCCAUACUGAGUGCAGAGAAACACUACUACAACACUGAGUUGUGGGGUCUCUUGAACUGUACGUUCAGACGAGCAGAGACAGACGCUUUGUGGAAAUACUAUCCUUCUGAACACUCCUCUGUACAAACAAGAGGGGGACACAGUAAAUGGUAUGGGGUUUUCAGAAGCGUUAUUUACUUUGAUUUAUGCCAAUUAUUGUGACUCUACCCCCUUAUUUUAGUGUGAGAAAUUCAUUGAGCUAAAUUAAUUCAGUAUGCUAUUUAUCAUAGUAGCCCAUUAUAAACUGAAUGAGAAAUGAAUUCAGUGUGCUAUUUAUCAUAGCCCGUUAUAAACUGAAUGAGAAAUUAAUUCAGUGUGCUAUUUAUCAUAGUAGCCCAUUAUAAACUGAAUGAGAAAUUAAUUCAGUGUGCUAUUUAUCAUAGUAGACAUUAUAAACUGAAUGAGAAAUUAAUUCAGUGUGCUAUUUAUCAUAGUAGCCCAUUAUAAACUGAAUGAGAAAUUAAUUCAGUGUGCUAUUUAUCAUAGUAGCCCGUUAUAAACUGAAUGUGAAAUUAAUUCAGUGUGCUAUUUAUCAUAAUAGCCCGUUAUAAACUGAAUGAGAAAUUAAUUCAGUGUGCUAUUUAUCAUAAUAGCCCGUUAUAAACUGAAUGAGAAAUUCAUUCAGUAUGCUAUUUAUCAUAGUAGGCCAUUAUAAACUGAAUGAGAAAUUAAAUGCACAGCCUUUGAGUCAGGAUAUGUCUGGUUUAUCUGUUGGGAUAUUACCAUUCCAGUCAUGUCUAUGUUCUAUGGACUGUCAGCACAGGAUCAUAUGUAAUGUAUAGGGUUGCAUAUGAGCUGAAUAUUAUAGUCAUGAAUAGUCAUUAACAGUCAUGAAUAACCAUGAAUAGUCAUUAACAGUCAUGAAUAACCAUGAAUAGUCAUGUACUGAAUCACUUUUGGAUACUAAUUCCAUUGGCUUGGGUCUGACUAUUCUGCAAACGAUUUACUUAAAAAAUAUAUAUAUAAGUGCUAAAGUAACCUCUAUGUUAUCUUGAUCUAUAUUUCACUGUACAUUGGAGGCAACGUAAUGUCAACUCUGCUCUCACCAACCCACACCUCAGUAUCACUGUAGUUCAUAGGUCACGCCUAACAUCCACACUGCCAAGAUAAGCAUGUCAUGGAACCUGAAUCAUCCAUUUUUAUUCAUUAAACCAGACUUACUUUUAUUCAUUUUACAAUAAUCAAUGUAAGUCAUUUACCUUCCCUGAGUGAAAUUAUGUUUUCUGAUCACAAGAAAACGUGUGUUCCGAUCUGCUGUCAUGCAAUGCUCAAUCAAGGCUUUGAUGUGGGCCUUACAUGUGUUGGCAAUACAGUAGGCUCUGACCUUCGUCUGACCUAAACUGUACCCAUAUCUUUAUGAAUAGCCUAAUGAAUUUUGAAUUAUGUUAUUUUUUACAAUGUACAUACAUACCGUAGCCAUAGAAAACACAACUCAGGUUCUGAAUGGAGAGGUUCCUUAUCACAAUACACAUGAUCUAUUGUCUGAUUGUGUUAUUACACAGUAUUCCUAUACAUUUCCCUAUGAUUGGUUUAUAAUGUAGCCAUACUAUAUACUACACAUGACUACUGCUUUAUAAUUUCUCAGUGAAGUAUCCUGUCCUUUAAGAUCUCAGAGAACUGACACUAGGGGUUCUGCUCAUACACACUACAACAACAUCCCCCUGGUCCAAGACAGACAUCGCACAUUAGAGGCUCUGUAUAGGGAAUAGGGUGCUGUUUGAGAUGCAGACUUUACACUAGACCACCCUACAGAGAGUCUAGGCCCCCCUACAGAGAGUCUAGACCCCCCUACAGAGAGUCUAGGCCCCCCUACAGAGAGUCUAGGCCCCCCUACAGAGAGUCUAGGCCCCCCUACAGAGAGUCUAGGCCCCCCUACAGAGAGUCUAGGCCCCCCUACAGAGAGUCUAGGCCCCCCUACAGAGAGUCUAGGCCCCCCUACAGAGAGUCUAGGCCCCCCUACAGAGAGUCUAGGCCACCCUACAGAGAGUCUAGACCCCCCUACAGAGUCUCUACCACCCUACAGAGAGUCUAGACCCCCCUACAGAGUCUCUACCACCCUACAGAGAGUCUAGGCCACCCUACAGAGAGUCUAGGCCACCCUACAGAGAGUCUAGGCCACCCUACAGAGAGUCUAGACCCCCUACAGAGAGUCUAGACCCCACUACAGAGAGUCUAGGCCACCCUACAGAGAGUCUAGGCCAACCUACAGAGAGUCUAGGCCACCCUACAGAGAGUCUAGGCCACCCUACAGAGAGUCUAGGCCACCCUACAGAGAGUCUAGGCCACCCUACAGAGAGUCUAGGCCACCCUACAGAGAGUCUAGACCCCCCUACAGAGAGUCUAGACCCCCCUACAGAGAGUCUAGACUCCCCUACAGAGAGUCUAGACCCCCCUACAGAGAGUCUAGACUCCCCUACAGAGAGUCUAGACCCCCCUACAGAGAGUCUAGACCCCCCUACAGAGAGUCUAGACCCCCCUACAGAGAGUCUAGACCCCCCUUCCAUAGAGUCUAGACCCCCCCUAUGGAGAGUCUAGACCCCCCUUCCAUAGAGUCUAGACCCCCCUUCCAUAGAGUCUAGACCCCCCUAAAGACUCUAGACCCCGAAACAGAGAGUCUAGACCACCCUACAGUCCAUACCCCCCUACAGAGAGUCUAGACCCCCCUACAGAGAGUCUAGACCCCCUACAGACAGUCUCAUUUUGAGUGUGAUUCCAUAUUUAGGCUAGUUGAGCUGGGAGCAUUGAGCAUGAUUGCAGAGAGUAAGCAUGCCAUAGAACCCUAAUCAUCUGUUUUUAUCCAUAACAGAGACUUACCUUCAUUCAUUUCACAUAAUCUUAAUCAUUAACUUCCCUGAGUGAGUAGGACAUGAAAACACUUUUAAAUUAAACUUAGUGUUUAAAAAAACAUUAUGAAACAUGCAUACAAAUGGUUAUUUUGUCAAUAGUACAACAAUUUGAAUAAAGA